CAUCAGCUCAUUUCCCCAACCUAACGUUAAAGAUCUGGAAUCUUUCGUCUGGCCUAUACACUCUUUGUAAUUUGUUUUACCUCACUCGUUGAUCUACGCCAACUAUCUUUCUUUUUCUUUCCUUCUUUCCUUCUUUCUUCCUUCCUUCCUUUCUUUCUUUUUUAAAUCUACCUUACAUUUCAUUACCAUGAAGUUUCCUUCUUUGGCUUUGUCAGCUUUCUUAACUGGCACUGCCCUCGCCGGUUCCCACAGCCAUGGCCUCAGAGCUCGACGCUUCCAGGGUCCCGGAUGGCUAGGCGAACUUGACUUCUCCAACUUAGCUGAACAGCAGACCGGACAGCCCAGCGCUCAUGUCACACCCGCUCCCCAGGCAAAAUACAAAGCUGUCACCCACAGCCAGGCCCAAUCCGAGUAUAACUAUGAGAUCAACGAGAACUGGGCGGGAGCAGUGCAGAAAACCGCUCCCGCGGGCAGCGCGACUUACAGCUACGUCGCCGCGACCUACACCCUUCCCUCCGUGACGCCGACAGCCGCCCCAUCCUCCGAAACCCAAGCCGCAUCCUUCUGGGUCGGUAUCGACGGAGCCACGUCCGGUAACGCCAUCUGGCAAGCUGGUGUCGAUAUUUACGUACAAAAUGGCCAGCCCUCCUUCGCCGGUUGGUACGAAUGGUACCCUGCCAACUCGGUGAACAUUGACCUCGAGUUUAACUUCGGUGAUGUGAUCUUCACUAGUGUUGAGUCGACCUCUCCUAGUGAGGGUAUCGCGAUUAUCGAGAACUUGACUACCGGCAAGAACGUCACGGUUACCGCGUCUGCCCCGGCGGCGACUGCGACUCUGACUGGUCAAAAUGCCGAGUGGAUCCUAGAGGAUUUGGCUGUUGAUGGUGGUGGAUUGUCUCUCGUGAACUUCGGUGAGGCAACCUUCACUGGAUGUGUUGCUAAGGCGGACAGUAAGGAGUACGGCCUCGAUGGAUCAGCCCUUUAUGCGGUUCAGGAUAGCUCGAGCAAUACUAUUCAGGCUAUUCCGACUAUUUUGAGUGACUCGGAGUUGAAGGUUACUUAUAAGUAG